UCCGGUUGGAAGUUUUUUCAUUCUCUCUCUCUCUCUCUCUGUCUCUCUAGAUUACAAUCACAUAUGGCGAUGGCAGCGGAGGAAUCAUCGAAGCCACAACAGUCGAAGUGGGAAGGCAAGCUUUGUGCAGAGCUAAAAGGUGUAACUGCAGAGCAAGUGUGGCCUCUGCUAGAAGACUUCUUCAACCUCCACAAGUGGUUCCCUGCCAUCGACACUUGUAAGCCGUUAGAGGGUGUCUCUGUACAGCCCGGCUGCGUCCGCUACUGCGCCAUUACAAAAUCACCCCCUGCGCCGUCGUCGGAGUCAUCGGCCGAAGAGAAGGAGAUCGCCGCCACGACCACUUGGGCCAACGAGAGACUCGUGGCCAUCGACCCUGUGGAACGUUCCCUAACCUACGAGGUCACUGAAAACAGUAUGGGGAUUAAGUCUUACUUAGCCACCAUGAAGGUAUUCCAACUCUCCAAGGCGGCAGCGGCGGAGGCGGCGGCGGCCAAUUCUGAAGGGUGUAAGAUCGAGUGGUCAUUGGAGGCUGAUCCUAUUGAAGGCUUGACUUCUGAGGCCUUUCUCUCCUAUUGCGAGUCCAGCCUUAAAGGCAUGGCCCAGAGAAUGGAAGAUGCUCUCUGCCGUACUCCAACAACUCUCUGAGUAAGUUGAUUAUUAAUUUCCCUCAAAUAAUGCUUCUUUUUAUGUGAUUCCCUAAGACUGUUAGUGGCGGUGAAAAUUGUGGCAGUGAUGAAGUUGAAGACUUUUAUUAGCAUCUUUAUCUAUACGCGUGCUUUUUUGCUCAUUAGUACUUUUGUG